AUGGAUAAUGACACAUCUGUGUUUCUUCUCUUGGAUUUCUCAAAACACUGGGAGGUACAGAUUAUUUACUUAUCUUUAUUCCUGAUACUUUAUUUAAUGACAGUAACUGGGAACAUUCUCAUUAUCACUGCUAUAGUCUUUGACCACCACCUUCACACCCCCAUGUACUUCUUCAUGAUGAAUUUAGCCAUGCAAGACAUUGGUUCAGUUUCAGUCAUUAUCCCCAAAGCCAUUUUUAAUUCUCUUAUGAAGAUAAGGUAUAUUUCUUAUUCUGGAUGUGUUGCUCAGGUUCUCUUGUUUGUUUUUUUCCUGGACUCUGAUGUUGCCCUCCUAACUGUCAUGGCGUAUGAUCGGUAUGUUGCCAUUUGUAACCCACUGCAAUAUGAAAUGACAAUGAACAGGAAGGCUUGCACCAUAAUGGUUAGCAGUGUGUGGAUAGCCAGCCUUCUCAAUGCUUCAUUACACACUAUUGUCACUUUUAUUACUCCUUUCUGUUCUAAUAUUAUCAACCAGUUCUUGUGUGAAAUCCCAUAUUUACUUAAGGUUACCUGCUCUGGUUUAUCUGUAUUUAACAUUGGAAUUAUUGUCUUCAGUGCUACAUUAGUAAUUGGUUGCUUUGCCUUUGUCGUUGUCACUUAUGUGCAUGUCUUCUGUGCUGUACUGAGAAUUCCUUCUGUUCAAGGAAGGAAAAAGGCCUUCUCCACUUGUCUGCCACACCUCACUGUCUUCUCCCUGUUCGUGUUUACUGGUGCCUUUGCUUACCUAAGGCCCAUAUCUGACAGUCCAUCACACUUUGACUUCAUAAUUACAAUAAUGUAUUCAAUUUUUCCACCCAUGAUGAAUCCAUUAAUCUACAGCAUGAGAAACAAGAAGAUCAAAGCUGCUCUUUCAAGAUUUCUUGGUCUGACAUUAUUUCUUUUGAAAGAAGCAUGA